AUGGCGCAUACUAAUUUGAAAUCUGUUCUUUUGGUUGGUGGCUCGGGGUUUUUAGGUCUUCAUCUAAUCCAACAAUUUGUCACACAUUGUCCCGGAAUUAAAGUAACCGUGUUUGACGUUCGCCCAUUACCCGAGAAAUUGUCGAAAUUCUUCACAUUUGAUCCCAGUACAAUCGAGUUCUUCAAAGGUGACUUAAAUAACGCCGAGGAUGUAUCGGACGCUAUCCGAAAGUCCAAAUGUGACGUUCUUGUCCAUUCAGCAUCACCGAUGCAUGGAUUGUCUCAAGACAUUUACGAAAAAGUGAAUGUACAAGGUACUACGAAUUUGCUCAAAGUAGCCAAGGAAACUGGCGUAGGAUCUUUUGUGUACACAUCAUCAGCAGGAGUCAUUUUCAAUGGUCAGAAUGUUAUCAAUGCCAACGAAACGUGGCCAUAUCCAGAAGUGCACAUGGAUGGAUACAAUGAGACCAAAGCUAUAGCAGAGACGGCUGUGUUGGAAGCUAACGACCCCAAAAAUGGAUUCAGAACCGUGAGCUUAAGACCAGCUGGUAUAUUUGGUCCAGGUGAUCGUCAAUUGGUGCCUGGUUUGAAAGCAAGUGCCAAAUUGGGACAAUCAAAGUACCAAUUGGGAGACAAUAAUAAUCUAUUUGAUUGGACAUAUGUCGGAAACGUUGCUGAUGCCCAUGUACUCGCAGCCGAAAAGCUCUUGGACGAGAACACAAGAGACGAUGUUUCUGGAGAAACAUUUUUCAUUACUAAUGAUGCACCAACUUAUUUCUGGACUUUGGCAAGAACGGUAUGGAAGAACGAUGGAGUUAUUGACCCAUAUUACAUAAAGUUGAAUAGAACAGUUGCUAUUGGUUUGGGUUACAUUUCACAAUUUGUCUCAAACUUUUUGGGAAAAGAACCAGGUUUGACACCAUUUAGAGUGAGGGUGGUAUGUGCUACAAGAUAUCACAACAUUGCAAAAGCUAAGACAUUGUUGGGAUAUAAACCAGCAGUGGAUUUGGAGACGGGAAUAGUAAACACUCUCGAAUGGAUAAAUGAAAAAUUAUAA